GGGGCUCGGCCGAUACCGAUCCGUGCGUGAGGUCACACAGCGCUGGUGAGCUUGGGGUGAUCGGCGACGUGCCCUCCUCUCCUUCCCCAUUCGCCGCCGUCUGCGUGUCUACUGUAGGCUACAACGCGAGCGGCUACUGUCAAAGCGGUGGGGGGGAACCAGACAUGUGCCUGCUGGUGAAUUAAACAAGAGAAACGCGAACAAGCCGAGGUUUGUUUUCAAACUCGCCCACGAUGGCGCUCACAGUGUUUGAUUAAAAACGCCACAGCGCUCCGUUUGGUGUGCGGACUUUCUUUUUGCGGACUUGAUUUACUUCGCCUUCUUAUCUCCUUUUUGGAUCGAGGUUUUUUUCGGGUUAUUCUGCUUGUGAACACGGCGGAUAGGAUUACGCAUUACCAUGGAUACCUCCACUUUUUCCGUCAGCCUGUUACUCCUGGCCGCGAUGGGGUCCUUCUCCGUGGGAGAGUUCCCGACAGAACAAAUGAUCAAAGAAUGGGCGGACCAGAUGCAGAAGGACCUGAUCUCAUUAACGGACGCAGCCAGCGGCAUGGACAGCCUAAUAGAGAGUUACCACAACCACAGAGAUCGCUUCAAGGUGGAGUCCAACAACCCCACCAAUCUGGUUGCCAAGGCAGCGGAGAACAUCGAGAAGCUGCUGUUAACGCGCUCCCAGGCGCUGAAGAGACUGGCUUCAGAAGCAGAGAAAUAUCAGAUGGAGCACGAGUGGAGGGAUGAUUAUACGGAAGACGAAAUUAUUUACUACAACUCCAAAGAUGGCAUUAACCAGACGAAUAAACGCUUUGUCCCAGACGACUUCCAGGACGACCCCGACUUCAAACGGAAGGUGUCCUACAACCACACCGCCGUGCACAUCCCCACGGACAUAUACAAUGGCUCCACCAUCGUGCUGAAUGAGCUGAACUGGACCGAGGCGUUGGAGGAUGUGUUCCGCAAGAACAAAGAGGAGGACCCCUCUCUGCUGUGGCAGGUGUUCGGCUCUGCCACCGGAUUGGCUCGCUUCUUCCCAGCGUCCCCCUGGAUGGACUCCAGUAAGACCCAGCAGAAGAUCGACCUGUACGACGUGCGCAGGCGGCCCUGGUACAUCCAGGGAGCAGCCUCCCCAAAGGACAUGCUGAUCCUGGUGGAUGCGAGCGGCAGUGUGUCAGGCCUCACCCUGAAGCUGAUCCGGACGUCGGUCAGCGAGAUGCUGGAGACGCUCUCUGACGACGACUACGUCAACGUGGUGUCUUUCCAUGAGACGGCCAAGGUGGCGGCGUGCUUCCAGAACCUGGUGCAGGCCAACGUCAGGAACAAGAAGAUCCUGAAGGUGGCCGUGCAGGCCAUCACCGCCAAGGGCAUCACCAACUACCGCGGGGGCUUCGAGAAGGCCUUCGAGCAGCUUGCCCUGAUGAACGCGUCCAGGGCUAACUGCAACAAGAUCAUCAUGCUCUUCACUGAUGGAGGAGAGGAAAAAGCAACGGAGAUCUUUAACAAAUACAAUUCUGACAAGAAGGUGCGCAUCUUCACAUUCUCAGUCGGGCAGCACAACUACGAUAAGGGACCAAUCCAGUCGAUGGCCUGCGAAAACAGAGGCUACUACUACGAGAUUCCAUCGAUAGGUGCCAUCAGAAUAAACACUCAGCUCUCUCCUACCCCGUGUCUCCUCUCUCCUACCCCGUGUCUCCUCUCUCCUACCCCGUGUCUCCUCUCUCCUACCCCGUGUCUCCUCUCUCCUUCCCCGUGUCUCCUCUCUCCUACCCCGUGUCUCCUCUCUCCUUCCCCGUGUCUCCUCUCUCCUACCCCGUGUCUCCUCUCUCCUACCCCCGUGUCUCCUCUCUCCUACCCGUGUCUCCUCUCUCCUUCCCCGUGUCUCCUCUCUCCUUCCCGUGUCUCCUCUCUCCUACCCCGUGUCUCCUCUCUCCUACCCCGUGUCUCCUCUCUCCUACCCCGUGUCUCCUCUCUCCUACCUCGUGGUCUCCUCUCUCCUACCCCGUGUCUCCUCUCUCCUUCCCCGUGUCUCCUCUCUCCUUCCCGUGUCUCCCCUCAGAUCGGGCGGUUCUUCGGGGUCAUGGACCCCACUCUGAUGCUGGACCUGGUCAACUCCUCGCUCUACACCUUCAACAAGACCUUCGACUACCAGAGUCUCUGUGACCCCGAGAAGGAGACGCGGGGAGCCGGGCCCCGAUCCGUCUACGUGCCCACCAUCGCAGACAUGUUGAACAUCGGCUGGUGGGCCACAGCUGCGACCUGGUCCAUCAUGCAGCAGAUGUUGGUCAGCCUCACCUUCCCAAACUUCAUGGAAGCAGCCGAUGUGGAGGAGGACCUGUCGGACUCCAUGUCCAAGGAGGGCUGCAUCACGCAGCAGACCCAGUACUUCUUCGAGUCCAGCGAGCUGUCCUUCAAGGGGACGGUGGGCUGCGACAACUGCUCCCGGAUCUACCACGCGGAGAAGCUGCCCAGGACCAACCUGGUGUUCAUCAUCGCUGACGCCCGACACACCUGCGUGCAGUGUGAGGGCAGCCCGCUGGUCCAAGACGAGCAGCCCUCCACCGGUCCGAACCCGUGUUUCCUGGCCAGGAACCCGCGCUACAGAAAGGGGCCCACCAACUGCUUCGACGACAACACCAAGGAGCAGGACUUCGGCUGCGGGGGGGCGGCGGCCCUGAGCCCCUCCCUGUGGACUCUGGUGGGGGUCCAGAUGCUCCUGCUGUGGACGAUGUCCGGUAACCGGAGCCCCGCCCACGUCCCCUCGUGACCCCUGACCUCUCCGGGUCACCCAAUACCUAAUGCCCCCCCCCCUCAACGAUGAUAAUGACAACAACCAUGACAUGAUGAUGAUGAUGAUGAAGAUUAAAUUGCUUUGCGGUGAAGAAGAUGAAGAGGCGGCUAAACGCUGCGAGGGCUGCUGGGUAAUUCCUCCCAGGCCGGCUGUGGAUGAGCUGUGUGCGUCUGUGUGUGUCUGUGUGCACUUGUGUGUGUCGAUAAGGGGAGAGGGUUGGGGGAGGAGGGGGGGGGGGGGGGGGGGGGGGGGGCGGGGGUUGGAGAGGGAAGGAAACGCCUGCUAAGAGAUAGCGCUUGAAUAAUAAGCGAGAACCUGACCUUUGACCUUUUGACCCUAACCCCCCCCCCCCCCUCCCUCCCUCCACACUUUACCCGCGGCCAUCGGAGAUUAGAGGAAUACGAUCUGCCAAUUUGUGAACUUUCUCUCCCUUGCUCAUGCCCCCUCCACCCCAAUACCCCCUCCACCCCCCACCACCACCACCACCACGACUACAGACUGGACUGCCUUCAGUGCAGGGGGGGCAGAUGGGAGUGGACAGGUGAGGAGGGGGUUCUAGUGACGUCUUAUUUAAUACGAGGGCUCUUUUUUUAUUUCAACAGGGCAUAAAAGAUCGCCGAGCUUUGCAAACAAACGUUUUGAGUAUUUUUUGAGGAAGUUAUUUUACGGCUGGUUCUUCAGCGAUUGGAGUGAGUCACUAUUUAUUGAGUUUAUUUGUUUGUUUGGGUUUUCAUUGCAAUAAGAGAAGCUGCACUUUUUAAAUUAUUUAUGGUGUUUUAUUUUCAUUUCUUUAAAACCUUUUUUUUUUUUAACGGCCGACACCGGUGUACCGUUGUGACGUCGUCGUGGCUGUUUCUUUUCUUACUCUUUCUUCAUUACUUUUAUUCAUUUUAACUGGUCACAAGUCUUUCGGACAUUCGGUCCGAGCGCCUUCAGCACGAUCUUCCCUCUUGUAGAUAUGUGUGAUAUAAAAAAAAAAAAAAAAAAAGGAAAAUAUAGACAUUGUUUUAAUGGUAAACCAAUCCAAGCGAUCCACUGCCAUGGGUCUCUCUCUGUCAAAGGACACAGACACUCUUUCUCUCGUGGACUAGUUGACACACUUUGGUGUGAGUUGUGGUCCCCUCUGCCUUCUUUUACUUUGAAACUUUGAAACUGAAAUCUUGUUGCCAUGGUGCACGUCAACCAAUCACAGUGACCCUGUCCUGUCUCUCUUCCGUGUGCUUCUUCAAAGGUCAACUCUAGUGCCAAGAAAAGAGAGACGAAAUGAAGUUUGUCUCUGUUUAGUAUACCGUGCGCGUGUGGAAGACGUUUAUCCGUUUAUUUGAAAACGUAUGAAUCGGGACUGCAUGUUACAGAUUUGCUUUUGUGUUUUACGCCAAGUUUCUAAAUUCAUAUCAUUUUAGAUACCGAAUGAAGACUUUCAUCAUUUGUUGAAAUGUUUUUGGUAUGAUACAGUGUAUGUGUGCAUUACUUUUAAAAAUAAAACCACUACUAUGUGCACUGGAACUUCGAAGUUAUCGUUGAAAGUUAUCAACUGAGAAAUCAUUUGACAAAAGUGUGGGUUAACACAACGAAUGAGUCCUUCCGUUCAUGUUCUGUGCUCUAAGGUGAUCUAGCCUCCCCUUUGGUCUGGGGCCUUCUGAUGCAGUAACUGUUAAAAUAAGACAUGAGAGCUGUGUAAAGUUUGGAGGGUAUUUGUUUGACGUCCAGUAAAUAAGACAGCCCCCCCCUUCCCUCCUAAACCUAAGAGUUAUCGGGUGGAAGAUGACGCCACCGAGUGCAUUUUGGCCAGACCGUUACGGCUAAUCGCAACCCUGUUCCAUCCGGGAAACAAACAAGCUGCUAAAUCACAGACACGGGCCUCGUGGUUGAACGGAGCGGCCUAAGGCCUGUCGGGCUCUGUAUUUACAGUGUGUCGGGAUUCAAAACGUUAUUAUCAUUAUCAGGACCGCAUGGCCGAUGGCUGUUGAAUCUCUCUAGUUCAGAUUUAUCUCAUAUAAAUGAAAUGUCAGAUUAAAAAGAAAAGCCCGGCAACACAGAAGCGAGUUAGCGGCAUGAAAGCAGAGUGUGAGUGUGUCUGGGGAAAUGAGGGUUUAGUUGCUGGACGGAUUCUGAAGGAUGAAGAAGGAAAAACAGCUGAGAAGGCUUUGAUCAUCUGGUCAUUGGGUUGUGGCAGAUGUUAUGUGGUGGACUGGGAAACGGUACAAUAUAACUAUUAUUAAUAUUGUCAGUGUUUAUGUCUGGUAAGAAUUGACAAUCACAAUUUUGUUGACAAUUGCGUGCUGCUGUGAGCGGACAUCUGUCCCAGUCACGAGGGUAGCGAUGACGUGUGGCUCCUUGUGUGUAGAGCUGACGGCUGGGGGGUUAUCACGCCGCCUUCCAACUCGAUAGGACGCCACUCGGCAGGAACUGAACCGUUUAUCCAAUGCCGGGCCCUGCGCGAUGUGGGGCCAGUAGUUCACUGCUACUCCCGCACUUUAGCGAUAACAGUGUGUGAAUACACGGCUGUUUGUUUGACCCCCCCCCCACACACACACACACACACACACACACACACACACACACACACACACACACACACACACACACACACACACACACACACACACACACACACACACACACACACACACACACACACACACACACACACACACACACACACACACACCCCAAAUCCAUUUGCAGCAAACCAGAAAAGAGUCAGCUGGAAAUGAGUUCAUGAAAUGAGUUCAUGAAGAUAGUUCUGCCAUUCUCGUCGUAGUGGGGAACACGUGUGUGUGGUUAGGUCAGGUACUCUGAUGAUCUCGUGGGGCACUUUGAGGUCUUGUUUGGUUCCUUUCCCGUUGUUGUCUUUCCAUCUCCCGCUGAAAAGAAGAAAAGGAUGAAACGACUGUAAAAUAAUUCAAUUAAAUAACAAAACGAGUGGAUUUCUAAUCCAAAAUGUGUUCUCACACUAGCGGAUAUCCAGUCAAGUGCCAUAGGAUUCUCACACUGGAGAGGAACCUAGUCCCUUAUUAAUGACCAACUACCAGAGUGUCAUUAGAGUUUUUUUCUGUCGCAUGGUGGUGGCCUGCAACGAUAAUACAUAUCUAUAUAUAUACUGUGUGUGUGCGUGUUUGAUGACAUAAUAUUUACAUUAAACAUACAUUGUCAGGCAAUUGUUUAUGAUAUGUCUAUGGUACGAUCAGCUGUUUUCUCACUGCCUUUCUCUUGGGGAGACAGCAUUUGGUUCACGGGGGGCGGGAGAGGCGGUCAAAGCAAUUACAGAAGCCUGAUUGGAUAGUGUGGUGUUUGAAUGUGGUACUCCUGUCAUAUGAUUGGCCGAAAACCCUUUGAGAAUUGCCUUUCAGUCACUCAAGAUCCCAUUGAACGUUAUAAUAAAUUUGACUAAUGACGACAAACUCAGUGCGAGUAAUGCACAGAGUUAUUGGAAGACGGAUAUGGGCUUUGUGGCUGUUCAAAGUCCCCAAGCCACUCUUUAAGUGCUAAAACUUCCGAUGCUGUCACCUCAGGAAUACUAUAUAUGAUUGACGUGUUUUUGAUGAUGUCGGUGCUCUGCUAUCUGUGUGGGCUUGUGUGGUUUGAGCUUUCUCUAUUUAUUUAUUAUUUUCUAUUUCUUGAGGAUUGCUUCACGUGUGUUGUAAAUGGAGUGUUCUGUAACCUGCCACGACCUGGUGGAUUAUUGGCGGGGCCCGACAGCCAAUCCUGUGUGGCCUGUGUGGCUUCAAAGCAGCCAAUGGAAAGCCUACAUUAAUUCAGCGAUUUGAGCCAAUGCCAGGUUCUCUUUCCGGGAGGGGGGUCAUGUUCGGGCUCCGAAACCAAGCCCGUUCGGGGUUUAAUAUGUAUAAACGAAACUCUUCAGAGUCAAGCGUGGACAUUUUGUUGAAACAAAAAUAAAAAUCUCUUGACGAAAAUGAACAUGGACAAAGCAAGUGUAUAAUCCUCGAGGGAGGAAGGAGAACGUGUUGGUUUGUGUGCAACCAAGGUAUCCCGAAUAAACGAGUUUAUGAUUGCUA